AAACUAGUCGGUCAACCAUUUACUCCUGCCGAUGCCAACCCUCCGAUCAAUCGCACAAAGAAAUCCUGGCCGUCGAAGUCCAUUCUCGGUGGAUAAAUUACGCCUCUGCGUCUCUUUUGUCUUUUAAUUUACGCUCCAGAAAUAAAACGCUGCUCGUGUUCGCAAACGAGAGAGCUGCUGCUGUGAAACCAAGAUUCGUGAUUUCUUCUUCAAAGCUUGAAGAUGCCGCGUUAUGAUGACAGAUAUGCCAACACCCGCCUCUAUGUUGGCCAUCUAGCCCCCCGCACAAGGUCUCGUGAUCUUGAAUAUGUCUUCAGCAAAUAUGGGAGGUUUCUGGGGCUUUUGCCUUACCUGGAGGCCUGUGGUGAGAUGGUUGCCAUGGUGGAAAUUGGUGGAAAUUCUUGCCUAGGGGACUUUGGCGAUUCUUUCUAUUAUGUUAUUGCAGUCCGAGAUGUGGAUAUGAAGCGUGACUAUGCAUUCGUUAUUAUUACCUUAAACUAUAUCGUCUCGUUUGCGGUUUUGUUGUUUUCUUUUACAUCUCUACAGGAAUUUAGUGAUCCACGGGAUGCUGAUGAUGCGAGGUAUCACUUAGAUGGCCGAGAUGUUGAUGGAAGUCGGAUCAUUGUGGAAGUUGCUAAAGGGGUACCUCGAGGCUCCAAGGAAUACCUGGGGAGAGGUCCGCCUCCUGGAUCUGGGCGGUGCUUCAAUUGUGGUAUUGAUGGCCACUGGGCUAGAGAUUGCAAAGCUGGUGAUUGGAAGAAUAAGUGCUACAGAUGUGGGGAGAGGGGCCACAUCGAGAGAAAUUGCAAGAACAGCCCUCAGAAGUUGAAGCGUGGGCGAAGCUACUCAAGGUCCCCAUCACCUCGUCGUGGUGGCAGGAGCCGCAGCCCAAGUUACAGCCGAGGCUGCAGCUACAGCCGAUCGAGGUCUCCAGUGCCUAAGAGAGACCGAAGUGUAGACAACGAGGCCAGGUCAAUGAGCCCGGACCCAAGGAACGAUGGCCCUUCCAAGGGGAGGAAGCGUAGCCCUACUCCUGAAGACCGAAGCCCACGCCCUUCUCCCAAAGCUAGGAAGGUGGAGGAUGAUGACCGAGAGUAUAGUGCCAGUCCAAGGGGCAGGAGCCGGAGCAGGAGUAGGAGCAGGACCCCAGAAAGAGAGAGCCCUAAGAAUGGCAGGUACGAGAGUCCACCGGCCAAUGGCCGAAGUCCAAGCCGUAGCCGCAGCCCUAGUCCAAGGGCGAGGGAUGACAAGAGCCCUGCUGUUGAAGAUGAUUUUGAAAACAACCGUCGCUCGCCUAGAGACAGCGUGUCUCCCUGAAAGUUGAAUGAGAUAGAGCGGCUAAUAGUCCCUGAAGCUACACUCCCCGGUCUUAAAUUUAAAUGUUCAGUAUUUGGAACCUUCAACUAUGGAUUUUCUUUUAUGUUGUGAUGUAGCUUUUGUCAGAAUUCUAUGUCCUACUGUGAGCUGAAUGUAUCCUUUGUUCACCGGAUCCGUAGCUAUUUCCUAUUUGAUAUUUUAAGCUAAGGCGGCAUUGUUGUUGGAUGAAGGAUUUACCAAUGCAAUUCGGCAAAUAUAAUGGAAUUGCAAUGUUGUCGACAGAACUGAAACGUUUCC